CUUGCCUCGACCACGUAGCAGCUUCCUGGCAGCGGCAGCGGCUUGUGUCUACUCUCCCUCCUCUCUGACACACACUCAGUCACUCACACUCACACAGUCAGUAUCAGUAGCCGAUGUAGAACCACGUAGCACCAGCUUUGGAUUUUAACCACCAACACCACCAGCCGAAACGGCAAUGGAUCUCUUUGAAUUCGACUUUUUCAGAGACUGGGAGCUGGAACAACCAUGUCAUCUGGAGUCGGAUCGCAGCGCCCUGAAGAGGAGAGAGUGGGAGAGGAGGAACCAGGAGGUCCAACAGGAUGAAGACCUGUUCUCAACUGGAUUCAACCUGUUUGGAGAACCUUAUAAAACUAAUAAAGGUGAUGCGUUGGCCAGUCGCGUCCAGAACACAUUGGGCUCCUACGAAGAAAUGAAAGACCUGUUGACCAGCCAUUCCAACCAGAGCCACUUGGUGGGAAUCCCCAAAGGCAGCAACAACCUGCAGACCCCGACCACUUCAACGGCAGAGAGACCCACCAUGGAGCCCCAGCUUUUCAACGAAGCCCUGAGAGGAGGAACGGGUGGAGGUGAAGGAGGAGGAGGAGAGGGAGGUGUGGACAAGAGGAUGGGGAAUUCAUCUUCCUCAUCGUCAACCUCCAUGCAACCUCCCGCUUCGAGUGCAUCGUCAACAAGCGCCACAACGAUCCCACAUCAGAAUUCGAAAAAGUCUCGGAGCUCCAUGGACUGGUCAAGGGUAGGCCACGGACAGAGCGCCCAAGGAUCAGGCCUCGUUCUGGGGUUAGCACAGAACGGGCAGGGGCAGGUGACGGCAAGUGCGAGUGGAAGAGGGAAAAUGUCUUUAUUAGAGGAGCAGCAAAUGCAACGUCAUGAAGAGCUGUUUAGCUCCCUUAAAGAUGAACUCGGUCUAAAAGGGGACUCAAGCCCUUCUUCCUCCUCUUCGUCCUCCUCUUCCUCAUCUUCUUCUGGGAGAAGGCACUCUUCGCAUCCGUCCAAAGCCCUUCCGCUCCCAGAUGGUGGCAAUUUUCGAUCUUCCACCAUGGACGGUGGCCAUUUUAAGUCUUCCACUAACACAGAAAAUGGUGGACAUUUUAAAUCCUCCCCAUUAGAAAAUGAGACAGGUUGUCAACUCUCUACAUCCUCCUCUCCGCUGGCUUCCACAUCACUUCUGACAACGCCUACUCCUGGUCUAACCACUCCCACAUCCGGACUGACCACGCCCACCUUCCCACCUGGAAGCCUAUCAGGGAAGCCAAUCGCAGUCCAGCAGAAGCCCACAGCGUAUGUCCGACCAAUGGAUGGCCAGGACCAGGCGCCUAGUGACUCUCCCCAGCUUAAACCCCCCUUAGUGGCCACAGAGGGAUUUAACAACAGUCAGUCUUACGGAGGAAACUCUGGGAAUGCGAAGAAUAAACUGCCAAAACUGAGUCUCAGCCACGCAGGGGAGGUCAGCCUACCAAAUGACUCCAGCUGUGUUGAAGAGAUCUUGCGGGAGAUGACCCAUUCCUGGCCUCCUCCUCUCACAGCCAUACACACUCCCGGGAAGGCUGAUCAGACCAAGUUCCCCAUCCCAACUAAGGAGUCACAGCAUGUGACCUCAGGCUACAACACCCAGAAGCGAUGUACUGUAUCAGCUAACAAGCCUGCUGCGAAACCACCAACUGCACCACAGAAGUCAAUGCUGGAGGAUGACCUGAAGAUCAGCAGCGAUGAGGAAGAGGCCGAACAGCAGGUGUCUGACAAGCCCAAAGCCAGAGGCACAGCCCUAAGUGGAGCAUCGGGGAGCAGCAGUGAAUCAGAGAGCAGCUCAGAGUCGGACACAGACGAAUCAGAGAGCAGCUCCAGUGACAGCGAGUAUAAUCAGGCCUCCCGCACGCACACUCCAGAGCCUGAGCCCCCCUCUGCCAACAAGUGGCAGCUGGACAGCUGGUUGAACAAGGUCCAAGCUCAAACCAAGCCUCUGGUUCCCCCACAGAAAGAACAUGGCACAGGCUCCGUUACCCAGGGUCCGGGGACUUUCUCUCCAGGGAAUGAAGCACCAGGAGUGGGUGCGGCCGCCAAGACCAAGCCCUGCGCAUCCAGCAGCACCCCUGUUCCAGCUGCACCAACGGUGGAACACAAGGAUACAAAGGGAGCCUUCUGCCCAGGCAGAGAGAAGGCCAAGGCCAAGCUCAGCCAGAAGGCCUCAGGGGAGGGCCAGAGGCCGAAGAUGAGGAUGUCACCGGGCCUGUUGUCAGUGCCAGAGGUCCCAACCCCGAGGAGGAUCACCACGGGGAAAAAACAGCCCAGACGGACGGAGAGGUCCAACAGUGUGGAGGAUAAUCCCAGCCAGACAUGGAGCAGAACGAAUCAGCAUAGCCCUGCAGCUAGGGAGAAGGACCUGUUGCCUCCCCCCUCCCUGGAGCUUCAAAACCCCCUGAGGCCACGAAGCAAACCCCCCAGCGGGAAGACCGCCCCCAGGAAAGAACCUCGCAGUGCCACCAACUCAAACAGCAACACUGUAACUCCACCAGCGGCUCUACAGCAAACCCCCGUGCCAAUACCAGCUGUCAAUGUAAGCCAGGACAAGAGGAAACACAGAGGUCCAAGCACCAAAAUCACACCCAAGUCCCGGGAAUUCAUCGAAACAGAUUCCUCGUCCUCUGAAUGCCAUUCGGAUUCGGAGGAAGCCGUCAAAAACCCCACUCUGCCACCUCAGACCACGCGCUCUGCGAUGAACACACAGACUCUGUCCAACACACACGUGCACGCGCCUCUUCUCCCGUGCCUCGGCUCUGCUGUCAGUAUGGGCAGCCUGGGGACAUUCGGAGGGAAGGGACUUCGAGUCAAAGACGGUAGCAAUGUGACCACUAAUGGUAGCAGCGGUAGUAACAGUAGCAUCAGCGCUGGUAGUAACGGCAGCAGUAGUAGCUGUAACUCGCUAAGCAUUAGCAACCUAAGUGGUUCGUUUGGCACUUCUGUUCCUGAUCCUGGAGGGUUAGGAGGACAGUCCAAAGACCCGGAGUCCAUGUCCCCGCCUUCCAACAUCGGACACGAGGCGCCUCUGUCCCCCUUGAGGGAAUACCAAGGGAUCCAGAGUUUAUGGGUGAAAAUUGACCUGAGUUUGCUCGGCAGGGUGCCUGGCCAGGGUUCGGGGGAAAGAUCCAGAGUGGGAAUGGCAGAAAGGGACGGAAGUGAAGGGAGGGACAGAGACAGAGAGAGACCAGGGGAGAGGGAGAGGAUAGGCGUGGCCGAGAGAGAAAGACAGAAGCAGGCUGAGAGAGAGUGGCCCGGGCUGAGAGAGAGGCAGAAGUUACCUAAGGGGGAGAAACAGGAAGAGGAAAAUGAGCGAUUAGUGCAGGACAGAGAGAGGCAAGGUGACAGAGACAGAUUAGCAGAGAGAGAGAGGCAGAUGGACCGAGAGGACAGAGAAAGAUUGGGGCUUGGGGAGAGGGAGAGGACGGGGAGGGACAGAGAGAAGGUAUGCCAAGGUGUGGGGGUCCUGGACAACCCCCCUGUGCAAGAGCAGAGUAAUCCCAGGCUGGCAGGGAGGAUGGAGAGAGGAGAGAACGGAGGCAAACACAGGAGGCAGGCAGCUGGAAACAUGGUGGUCCCAACAGAGAAACACACCAGCAAGAGCAAGAGGAAACACAAGUCGGACCACAGUGAGUCAUCAGUCAACGGCAAUAAGAAGCUGCGAUUGGACAAAGACUGUCUGCUCCUCCCACCCUGCAUCUCUCCAAUACACAACCACAAGAACAGCUCCACAGAUAGCUCCCUAAACAGGAAGCAGUCUCGACGGCGUGAUGACAAGCUGCUCCCCCCCCUCCUGUCCCCCCUCUCUGACGAUCCCCCUCGUAAACGAACCUGUGACAACAGUUCCUCUCUCAGUCAGGACGCCACCGCCGCUGGGAUGCUUCCCUGCUCGGCCUCUUCCUCUUCCACUUCCUCUUCCUCUUCCUCACACAGACACAGGAGAGGGGAAGGCAAGGCGUCAUCACGUGCGAGAAAUGGCAGUGAAGUGGAUACCCACAGCGAGAAGCCCAGCGGAGAUGGUUACCAUGCCAACGGACAGUCAGAUUCAGAGGCGUGGUCGGAACCUGCUGAACCUCGCAGGCCAAGACUCUCAUUUAGCGACACAUUCCACAGUGCAGACUACUACAUGCAGGAGGCCAAGAGACUGAAGCACAAGGCUGACGCUUUGAUGGACAAAUUUGGUAAAGCGGUGAACUACGCAGACGGCGCCCUCUCCUUCAUAGAGUGUGGAAAUGCUAUGGAGCGAGAUCCGCUGGAGGCCAAAUCACCGUAUACCAUGUACUCUGAGACUGUGGAGCUGAUCAGGUAUGCCAUGAGGUUGAAGAACUUCACCAGCCAUUCAGCCUCCGUCGCUGAGAAGAAGCUAGCUGUGUUGUGUAACCGCUGUCUGUCUCUGCUGUAUCUGAGGAUGUUCCAUUUGAAGAAAGACCACGCUGUCAAGUACUCGCGGUCGCUCAUGGAGUACUUCAAGAAUUCAGCCAAGAGUUCCCACCAAGCACCCUCUCCCUGGAGGACCAAUGGGAAGGUCAAUGGGACUCCAUCCCCCCUCUCACUCUGCCCCUCCCCAGCCAGCAGCGGCGGUGGAGGAGGAGGAUCUGGAGGCGCCCUGGGCUCGUCAGGAAGUGUGGCUAUUCCCCAAAGGAUUCACCACAUGGCCGCCAGUCACGUUAACAUCACCAACAACAUCCUGCGGAGCUAUGAACACUGGGAGACAGCUGACAGACUGGCCACUGACAGCAAAGAGUUCUUCCAGGAGCUGGACUCGGUGAUGGAGCCGUUGAGUCAGCAGAGCAGCAUGACAGAGCUGGUCCGACACAUCAGGCAGGGACUGCACUGGCUCCGCUUAGAGGCUCACCUGCUGUAAAGACUGGACCAGAGCCAAAAUAUUAAAACAGUAAAAAAAGAAAAAGAAAUGGGCCUGGGAGCUGGAACUGACAUAACAAGUGAGAUAAGACUCCUGACGAUGCUUCAGAUCCCACUGGGAUCCUUCAAAUGACCUGGCAUCACCCAUAAUCAUGUAACGGCAUAGAUUGGGUGGAUUAAUUGGGCUGAAAUUCACCUGCAAUUAGGACUGAACAGUAAUUAAGUCUGGGAAUUUUAACUGUGAAUCACAGAAUACAAAUUAGCACAUUAAAAAGUUGGCUGAUGCUGCUUUUUGGAGCAACUGAAUAUCAGCGCAGGUAGCUUAAAAAUACUAAAGGGACAAUAGAUGUUACAAGCCUCCCUGUGUCCCUGAAUAGAAAUAGGAAGCAGAGAGGAAUGGUAAAAAAAAAAAAGUAUUUUUACUAAGAGGUAUAUUUUCAAAAAUAUAUGCUAGAGGCUGAUCUGAUUAAGGAGACUGAAAGCAAGGAAGGAGCUCAACAGAGGCUCAUCUGCUCCAGCAGUGGCCUAGAAACUUGUCUGUGAUUGGGACUAGAAUUAAAGCCUCCGGCUGAUAUUGAUCCAAUUUGAGUACAGGUCCAGUCCAUUAGAUAAGGGCCACGCUGGUAAAGGAAGGAGGCUCAGCUACCACUAGAGCUGAAUCAAUGGAGGCUGAUGUUUCAGUCAGAAGCUAAAAGCUGCUGAACCUGAGCCUCUUUUUUUGUAUUCUAUUAGUAAUUUAACAACACAGUAAUCAGCCACAGGGAUACAAAAUGGCUUCUGAAGAAUGACUUUUGAAAAGUCAGACAAUGUGGUUAACAAGUCAGUUACAUUUUUCAUUUUUAAAGUUAUAGUCCUUAAGACUUUCAUCAUAUGAAACUCAGUGUUUGAUUUUAUUUAUGGCUGCCAUUCGUUCUGCUAUGGCCAUUGAAUGUAUUUACACUCGUUAGUAACCGUUCAUAAAGUAGUUUGUGUUGUCAGUGUUCCGCCAUUCCUGCACUGGAUUUGAAUGGCUUACACAUGCGGUAGGGAUUCACAGGAAAUGCACAGGAUAAAAUUUAGAAGACCAAAGAUGGUGCAUGCAUAAUAUAUGCCAUGACAUAAAAAAGCAGAGCAGCUGGUCUUGGGCAUUUUAAAGAGGAAACAUAUUUGCGUGUGUGCAAGUAAUAGCGAUAAAGAAGACAUCACAUUUGCAAUGUAAACAGAUACGCAAGUUGCUCUUAUUCUUCUGUUGCAUUUCUGACAGAGUAGCUUAUCAAAGCUCUUUUCCUGCCCCAGUGAUCAAUAAACGAUUCAUUUCGAACAAAAUUCUGUGAUUAGCAAUAUUAAGACAUUCUUAGUGUUACUGCCAGUAACCACAGGUGUCGCUAAAUCAGUCGGAAGUGAAGUCUUAAUGGUUAUAACUUUAAAUCUGGAUUUGCUUCUUCAGUCUUGAUUAUGUUAACCACAAGAAAUCUGAUUAUUCAAGUUUAUACCUCUAAAAUUAGGCCAGUCACUGUUUGAAGGUUUUCUAUACUAUGCCAAUACUAUUCCUGAGUUUAAUGUCAAUACCAAAAUAAUAAAGAAAUAUAAAUACAUGAGCAGCUAUACAGGGAUUUAGCCUAAUGACAAUUUUAAAAUGUAAUCUGCAAAAUGUUAAAUUUUUAACUAUCUCAUCAAAGAAUAAGUAAAUAAGAUGAUAAAUUUGACAUUUAAUGCCAGUUUUUUAAACAGUUUUUGAUGCUCGUUGCUAUGGACACAUUUUGGUCCAAAAAAGAUGUUGGGGUUUGAUACCCAUCCCUACCUCAUGGCCUCUGGUGCAGGGCCGUGACACAAAAAGCAAGAUUUUUUUCUUCAAAUACAUCUAGUAUUUAGUAUCCAUUGUAGUAUCAAGAUAGCCUCAUUUUGUCCAGCUGCCAUCAAGCAACACACAUGUGAUCUGGAUCAGUGGGUUUUUUUUUUUUUUAAGUAGAAGCUCUAAGAUCUCAGAUGUACAGCCCUCAGGACAAUCAAAUCAAGAUAACCCUAACAUUCAGCUAGCUAGACUGAGGAUUGAAGUCCGGGGAGUUAACAGCUCAGCAGAACAAGCAGUCAUUUCACUGGUCCUACAAAUGAGGGCUUUCAUCCAUCAAAAAAAGCAUUUGUCUGGUUUUUUCUCUUACUGGUUAUGGGCUUUUGUGAAAUUCCACACUCAGUUCUAUUUCCCAUGAUAACCCACCCACAGAGGUGUCAAACACUUACAGGGGGGGAAAAAAACUACAAGAUUUGUUGUGAUUUGGCUCUUAAUUAAGCCCCAACUCACGCACAGAUACAGUAAACAGGGUGAAAAACUCACAUCGGCUUCUCUGCCCUGAUGUCAAAAAAAA